GGUAUGGACUUCAGUUCUGUCAAGUCCAGGUCUCUCAGAAGCCCACAGCCCUUCAGCAGACGUCCACGGUACGACUACUAUGAGGAGUACCAGCACGAGCGGCUGCGUCGAGAGGAGAUCCAUCGCCACGACGACGACAAGCAGCAGCAGCUCCAUAAGGCGGCGCAGAGGGAGCGUCACGGACAACAAGCAAUAGAGGAGAGGCGGGUGGUGUACGUGGGCCGUCUCCGUCCCGACAGCACACACUCGGAGCUCAAGACACGCUUUGAAGUCUUCGGCGAGAUCGAGGAGUGUGCAGUCAACCUCCGAGAUGAUGGCUGUGACGCCUCUGCAGCCCUGAGACUGGGACACACACUCCACCGCGCCGGGGAGACACGCCUCCAGCUCUGCACACACACCUACACCGACCUAGACUCUCACUCAGACGACUUUGAUCCAGCCUCCACUAAGAGCAAAUACGACUGCAUGGACUUCGACUCCCUGCUGCGUGAAGCUCAGAUCAGCCUGAGGAGGUGAAGAUCUCCUCCUCCUCCUCCUCCUCCUCUCCCUGCCAAGGUGAAGAUCUCCUCUCCUCCUCUCCCUGAUCUGGAGGUG